AUGGCAGAUGGGUUUGGCUACGUCGGUUUCUCUGGAAAACCGUACCCGUUCUGGCUUUCUCCUCGGUAUCUUCACCCACCAGCUUUUCCCCCGCCGUUUCUCGCAACCCAUCCUGUUGAGUCCUCCUCCUACGAUCAAGCCCAAGCAGGUUUUGAUCCGAUGAUUCCUCAUGGCUCUUAUGAUUAUAAUUUCCCUCCUCUGACGACGCCUUCUUCCUUUUACACUCAACCAGAUAAUUUCAGUCUCAGGAGUGAAGAUUUUCCCCCUCUAACGCCGCCUUCUUCAUCGUUUUACGCUCAACCCGGUAAUUUCGGUGAAGAUUCUUGCAAACACAUGGGUGGAUAUUAUUACCCUUCUUCUUCUGAUGCUGUCUAUUACCCUCCUAUGGCGAGGCAACGCUUAGUCUGGGCGCCUUAUAGCUCAGCCACAGUAUCUUCUUUAGCUGACAUGCUUAUCAGAAGCUCUCAGGAGCCUUUCUUUGUGCCUGUUCCUCCUUCUGGUGUUUGUGCUUCUAGCCAUGCUUUUGAUCUGAACCGUCCCGGACAUUACUAUUCUGGCUACGCUCCUCCUCCUGUGCAGCCUUAUUUACCUGUUCCGUCUAUGCCUAUGCCAAGUUUUAAUACAGAAGCUUCCUCUGAUGGCUCAACAGGUUCAAGGAGUCCCUGGUCCUCUCAACCGCUUAAUGCUCAGUCCUCGGGUUCACUGUUUACGGAAAAAGGAGAAGCUAGUGGUGUCUCCUCCCUAUAUCAGAAGCCAAAUACGUUGGUUGCUGGCAGUGAGAAUGGGAGCUCCUUGAAGAACGCAAUUGGCGAUUUGAAUUGUGAUGAGGAGCAUGAAUCCUGCAACUACUUCAGGGCGAGACCUUCAGCUCCUACUAUGUUUUCUACGGGAAGUGAGUCAUUAGGUGCAGUGAAAGGGAAUGCUUCUCAAUCAGGUGUCAACUAUACAACCCCUCCCGGAGGUAGUGCUAAUCAACCUAGUGAAGAUGUUCAAGGCAGUCAAAAGACAUUUAAGCUCCAGGAACAAUUGGUUGAUUCAAUGAACAGAGUUAAGAAAACCAUGUUGUCGACAGAUCUGAGUGUCAAAGGGAGUAGUUUAUCGAAUGCAGAAACUGGUCAAUCACCUGUAUGUGAUCGAGGAAAUUCCCCAUCCCCGGCUUGUUCUCCAAGAGUUUCUUCCGUGGUUAAUGCCAUGCAUAUUCUGUCGCAAGUGCUUGUUAAUGAAUGCAUUAACAAUGGAAGCUUUCUAAAGCCAGAACAAUUUGAGAAACUUGAUAAAAUAGUAGAGAAACUCGCCAAAUGCUUAAAGAAAAUCACCUGUAACAAGACGAAAGCAGGUGACGCAUCAGAUUCAACUCAGGCUAUGCAUGUUUCUUGUCCAAACGUGGUCGAUCUUAAUGAGGCCCCAAUUGUUGUUGCUAAAGACUCUCAAGGGGGUAAUGUCCAGCCACUGGACAGCUUUGGCUUCAAAGAGUCGGUGGAUAAGAGUAAGAUGACACAGAGUAUUAAAAACAUACUUUCUUCUAACUUUCAUGAUGGUGAAGAAAACCACCCAAAAACUUUCUUGUACAAGAAUCUCUGGCUCGAAACUGAAGCUGCCUUAUGCUCCUCAACUUGCCUGACUCGCUACCAUCGGAUCCAGAACGAGACUGGUAAUCUCAAAUUGCAGGAUAAAGGUUUUGAGAUCUCUGCAGAUGCAUCAACCUUGAAACAGCAACUUUUUCUCAACCCCGAGGAAUCGAAAUCCAUCUUGAAUGUUGUAGAGCAGGAGACGACUGAAUCACUCAUCAAAGACGGAGGCAAUUGUAGGAACAAUGUAGUUACAGUGAGUCAUGACGCACCACAAAGCUCUAGAUUCAACUCUGGUCCCGUUGAAGCAGUAAUAUCACUUAUGUCCAGGAGCUUUACCCACAGUUCAGAACAGGAAGAUCAUGUAAACUUCAAGCCUGAUGCUCCGACACCGGACACUGUACAGCAGGAAUCCCUUGCAUCCACCACAGAGGAAAAAUAUAUUAAUGUUAUAGACAGGUUUCAGAUUCUGAAGCAUCAAGAAAUGAAUCGCAAACUCAAGUCUGAGGACUUCUCAGAGACGAGAAUAAAUGAGCAGGAGGAGAGUUCAGAUGCUUCGGAGAUGGCUACUAUUGGCAGAAGCAGCCAUAUGAGUGAUGUUAUGGGUAGCUUUCAGAUGCUAAAACGCCGGGAAGUGGAGCAAGUUCAGAAGUCUCUCAACAGCGUGGACUUUGAUUCAGAUUCUGGUUCAGAUUUUGACUCAGAUUCUUGUUCAUAUUUUGAUUCAGAGUCGGAAAAUGACCAGCCAAGAAACAAAACACAAAUGUGUGAUUAUCUCUGCGCAGGCUCGAUGAUGGCAACAGGUGGAAACUCAAAGAUAGAGACGUGUGCUAACACUGAACCAUCUGCAGACGGCGAAGGCUACGAGAGCCCGACCUCGGAUUGGGAACAUGUCCUCAAGGAUGACUGAAACUUCCUUGGACAAGAAGUUUCUAUCCCUUAAUGGCUUUUGUUAGUGUAUAAUAAAAAUGGCUUUGUGGAACCACCAGUGCCGGCCCUUGGACCAAGUGGGGAGGGGAAGCACAUGCUUAUCUUUUAUGUAUUAUUUUCGGCACACUUUCUGAAGAUUUCUUUUAGUUUAGUAGUAUAGGGUUCUUGUCUACAUCUACUUGUACAUCCGAAGCUCCUCUAACCAUUUCAGCUAUUUUUAUUUUUUUUUCUGUUUAUAUAUUUCAAAAAUGCUCAUUGUUUUUCUCUUGUUUCCGGCCAUCGAAUUUCUAGGACCUUCUUUGGAAACAAUAUUAAAUGAAACUGCGUGGUC